AAACAGGUGAUUGAAACAACUAAAGUCAAACUCAUCAACACGAGGACGCAGCUGGACAGAGGAAAUUGUUGAAUAUUGUUGUAAUUUUUUCAAAAGUAACUAUUACAGCUGGAAUUCGCGUUCGAAUAGCUAUGGGUUCAGCAGCAGAUUUUAUACCAAUCCCGCUGAGGUACGAAGAUCAGGACACCGCUUGUCAUCAGGUGCUUAUCAAGGAAAAUGUUUCCAAGGCGAUCCACAAAUCGAAACCAGCCGGUAGGACGUUAUUCGUGUUAAAUGUUCCGCCGUAUGCAACGCCAGAAUCUUUGCAAACAGCUUUUAGCAUAACAGGCAAGGUAGAUCACGUUAUUCUACAGGAAAAACCUGCCGAGGAACAUGCCAUUCAAAACGAUCAGUCGGAAAACAGAUUCAAGGUUGCCUACGUAGUUUACCAACAACCGUCAUCCAUUAAGAAGCUGUUGCGAAUGCAGAAGUUAAAUGCCCUUAAUGCAGAUGGCCAACUUCUGACGGGCAUCGAAAAGUGGACCAAGGCCUACCAGGAGCGUAUCCCAGAUCCUGUAUUGAUGCAGCAGGAAAUCGACGCAUACAUGGUCAAUUACGAUCGCCAGGUUGCCCAAGAAAAGACCCAACAGGAAACGGAACCGGACGAUGAGGGUUGGGUCACGGUAACCAAGUCGAGCGCCAACACGUUUGUGCAAAAGGAGGCAACGGUCAGCAAAUUAGAGGACAAAUUAAGCAAGGAUCGCAAGCACAAGGAGCUAAAGAACUUCUACACGUUCCAAAUUCGCGAAUCGAAAAAGACCGAUAUUGUUAGCCUGAGGAAAAAGUACGAUCGCGAUCUGCAGAAAAUGCAGCAAAUUAAGAAGACGAAACGGUUUAAGCCUUACUAGAUGUUCAAUAAAAGUUAUCAGUAAAAAUCUUCUGA